GAGCUACUCUCGUAUUUCUGUGUGUUCUCCACCUGAACACAGUUUCUGGCUGUGAGCUGUUUGGCAGGUUUGACAUGCCGAGUUUGUUUCAUCCGGGUGAAAUAAUGAUUGGGGGGAUUUUUCCAGUUUCCUACAAAGAGAUAAGGAGCACUUCUACAUUCGAGAGGGAGCCUCCAGGAGUGAAGUGCGCAGGAUUUGACCUGCGAGCUUUUCGAUGGACCCAAGUGAUGAUAUUUGCAAUUGAAGAAAUCAACAAAGAUCCUGCUCUCCUUCCAAACAUCUCUCUCGGCUACAGGAUCCUGAAUUCGUGUUCAUUUCCUGCAAAUACUUUGCGUGCUGCUCUAACACUGGCCAGUAGACCAGAGGAGACUGAAUUUAAUUCUUCUUGCCCUCCAACAAUAUCUGCUGUCAUAGCAGCGUCAGGAUCAUCUCAGUCCUUAGCUGUGGCUGGAACUCUUGGUCCGUUUCAAGUGCCAAUAGUAAGUUACUUCUCAACAUGUGCCUGUCUGAGUGACAGAGCCAAAUAUCCCACCUUUUUUCGGACCAUCCCCAGCGACUACUUCCAGGCAAAAGCUUUGGCAGCGUUGGUUAAACAUUUUGGUUGGCAGUGGAUUGGAGCCAUACAGUCAGACAAUGAUUAUGGGAGAAAUGGGAUCCUGUCUUUCACUGAAGAGGUCAAAAAGUUAGGAGUUUGUAUUGCCUUUGUUGGGACAAUUGCACGUACGUACUCUAUGGAUAAAAUCCUGGAUGUUGUGGAAAUGAUCAGAAGAUCAACUGUUAAAGUCAUUUUGGCUUUUGUUCCUGAGGGAGACUUUUAUCCUUUGAUGAAAGAGGUGGUGAAACAGAACAUUACAGGAAUUCAGUGGAUUGCUAGUGAGGGCUGGAUAACAGCAACUAAGCCUUCCACACCUGAAAUCUACCAAGCUUUUGGUGGAGCUCUAGGAUUUGUGAUGCAGAAAAUGGCAAUGCCUAAACUAAAACCAUUUCUUACAAAUAUCAGUCCUUAUACAGAUCCAAGUGCAGCCUUUGUGAAGGAUUUCUGGGAGAUUAUGGUGGGCUGUAGACCUGUUUUACCUGAAGAACACAGAAUGGAUAAAAUAUGCACAGGCAAUGAGACAUUAAUGAAUUCCCAGCAUGCGUUUUUUGAUGUCACACAGCUCAGAGCUACUUAUAAUGUGUACAAAGCAGUGUAUGCCAUUGCACAUGCCCUUCAUCAGCUGAUAUUCUGCAAACCGGCUGGACAAAAACCUGUGAGGCCAUGUUUGAAUGUGUCAGAAAUUCAGCCAAAAGAGGUCACUGAUCAUCUUCAAAGGGUGAAUUUCAGGAAUGAGUUUGGGGAUGAUGUGUUUUUUGAUGAGAAUGGAGACCCUCCUGCUUCUUAUGAUAUUAUUAACUGGCAGCUGAGAAACGGACAGGUGCAGCAUGUGACUCUGGGUCAUUUUGCUUCUGCUGCAAACGGUGAUUUUAGGCUCAACAUCCAGGAGGAGAAGAUAGUGUGGAGGACGGGGAAAAGGGUUCCCACAUCAGUGUGCUCGAAUGUUUGUCCUGUGGGAACCAGGAAAGCUCAGAUUAAGGGAAAACCUGCAUGUUGUUUUGACUGUAUCCCGUGUGCUGAUGGAACUAUAGCCAAUUCAACAGGUGCAGCAGACUGCACACCCUGUCCACAGGAAUACUGGUCCAAUGAGAGGAAAGACGAGUGCAUUCCCAAAACAACUGAGUUCCUGAGGUACCAUGAGCCGAUGGGAAUAGCUCUGACAGUUGUAUCUCUGCUGGGAGCCUCCCUGUCACUGGUUACCAUGAUGGUUUUUAUCCACUACAGAGAAACUCCUGUAAUAAAGGCCAGUAACUCAGAGCUCAGCUGUUUCUUGCUGUUUUCUCUCUUCCUCUGUUUUCUCUGUCCUCUCACUUUCAUGGGCAAACCCACAGUGUGGACCUGCAUGCUGCGCCACACAGCUUUUGGUGUGACAUUUGCUCUUUGUAUUUCCUGUGUCUUGGGGAAAACGAUUGUUGUUGUUACAGCUUUCAAAGCCACAAUUCCUGGCAACAAAGUUGCAGGAAAGUUUGGUCCUGCACAGCAAAGGAUCAUCGUUUGUUCCUGCACCAUGAUUCAAAUACUGAUAUGUGUAUUGUGGCUGAAGUUCAAGCCACCUUUCCCUGACAUGGUUUUCAGAUACAGUAACAAGAAGAUUGUUUUAGAAUGCAACACAGGCUCUGAGGCUGCUUUCUAUGCAGUGCUGGGCUACAUAGGAAUCCUUGCCAUAGUAUGUUUGGUUCUGGCAUUUCUGGCAAGAAAGUUGCCUGAUAACUUUAAUGAAGCCAAAUUUAUCACAUUCAGCAUGUUGAUAUUCUGUGCUGUGUGGAUCACAUUUAUCCCAGCAUACAUCAGUUCUCCUGGGAAGUUCACUGUGGCUGUGGAAAUCUUUGCAAUUUUGUCCUCAGCGUUUGGCUUGUUAAGUAGCAUCUUUGCACCUAAAUGUUACAUAAUAUUGGUGAAGCCAGAGAAAAAUACCAAGAAGCACGUCAUGGGAAAAAAGAUGAACAAAAAGUAAUGACUUAUUAUAUGGUACUGUACAUGAGUAAAGCAGUGUUUUAUAACACUUUAUAUAAAUUAGUGUCUGUAAAUCUGAUAAUGAAUUGAUAAAUGUUCUGUACAUACUAUGAUGGUAAACUUCUCUAACAUGUACUGUGAGCAAAUUAUGGUUUGGUACAUUGUAUUUUGAAUUUUAGCUGUAAAAUAGUUAAAUGAUACACCAGGAUACAUCGUUGCAUAACAAGAUUCCCAUUAUUUGUACUUGGGUGUUACUGUGCUGAUGUCAAACACAUUCAAUCCUGGCAGGUGAUCUGCUGACAAUGUCCCAGACACAUUAGUCUGCUGGCAAAUGGUGUGAUGCGAAACUGAACCAAGAAACUAAAUGUUCCAGUAAAUUACAAAACAAAAGUAUCAAUAAGGUGUUUGGGAAUAUAUAAUAAAACAUUGCCUUAAUAUUUGUACAGGUGCCACACUGGCACACUGGAUCUCUCUGCUGGUUUUGUCCAAAACACUUCAUUACAUUACUUGGUUAAGAAACAGUGAACUGAAACAAAGUUUCAAAGCAGUUGUCUUUUGAAAAUAUUGUCAUUCAACUAUAGAGAUGGAUUUAAAUACUGAAAUGAUUUGGAGAUGUUUUUGGUUCUGUUGUGUUUUUUGACUGAACAUUCAAAAGGUGUAUCACAACACUCUUUUUCAAACUGGAAUAGUUUGUAGCCUUUGUUAUGCAGUCAUUAUGAAUAAAUCACUUGCCUUAAUCCUGAUCAUCACUAUUGUUGAUAUAGAACUGAU